CAGCAAUUUGAUAUGUUAACUAAACAGGUUUUAUUUUUAUCAUUUUCAUACGUAAAUUGUAACCAAGUACACGUUAAAAUGAAACAGUUAAUAAUUAUAUUUAUUUUUUUUAAUUUCUACAACUGUCAAGCAAAUGGUGAUGAAGGUGAAGCUGAAGUUGCUCCAAUAAUUUCAAUAAAAAAUACUGAGUCACCUGAUCAAUUGGAGCACAAUGAUAAAAAAAUUCAAAAUAUUUGUGAUAUUUGUGCAUGCAAUGAUUCAACGAUUGAUUGUUCUUCACAUCAACUUGAUAAUAAUUUAUCAGACACACCUUGGAAUAAUAAAACAAAUAAAUUAGUCACAUUUGAUAGUAAUUCAAUUGUUUAUUUAAAAAAAUUUCCAAAUGUUACUAUUGAAAAACUAAUAAUCAGUCGAAAUAGAAUUACAAAAAUCGAUGAUCAAGCAUUCAAGUGGAUUAAAAAUUUAACUGAGCUAGAUUUGAGCUAUAAUCAUUUAACAUCAAAAAUACUACGACCAGAAAUUUUCCAGGGAAAAUUUUCACCAGAAGAAUGGGAGCCAUUGGCAAAAUUACGUGUAUUAAAUCUUGGAAAUAAUAAUCUCCAUACUUUAAAUCAAGAUUUAUUUGAACAUAUUAAUGAUUUAACAACUUUAAUUAUUUCUGGAAAUCCAUUCACCGUACUUGAUCAUGGUGUAUUAUCAGCAUUUUCUGAUCUUAGAGAUAUUGAAGAACUUAACAUUGCAUACUGUGAUUUAGGCGAACUUCCUGAGCAUUUUUUUCACUCAACGCAAUCUUCAUUGAAACGAUUGUACUUGAAUGGUAAUCGAUUUACUUCUGUACCAGAUGCACUUGAAGAUGCAAAAUCACUUGAAUAUCUUAAUCUCGAUGAAAAUUUAUUUAAAGAUAUUAAUAAACAAAAUAAUUUUCCAAGUUUAAAUAAAUUAAAAAUACUAAGCCUUCGUUCACUUCCACAUCUUACGAAAAUUAGUGACAGUGCUUUUUCUGAGCUUACUGCUUUGGAAGAAUUAUAUCUUGAAGAUUGUCCAAGGUUAAAAGAAAUUCAUGAAGAUGCAUUUGUAAAACACUCAAUUCAUGGAGCAAUAUGGCCACAAUUAAAAAUCCUAGAUAUUUCAAAUAACGCAUUGAAAUAUUUACCAUCAGAUCUCAUUGCUCGUUGGGAUAAGCUGGAAUACUUGUCAAUAAUAAACAAUGACUGGGUUUGCGACUGUGACAAUCAAGACCUCAUUGGAAAUUUACUUCCAAACCUUGGAAAAAAGCUAAUGGGUAAUCAAGUUGAUGACCUAUAUUGUGCAGCACCACCAGAACAUGCUGGUAAAAAUUUAACAUCAUUAGCAAAACGAAAACUUAGAUGUCUUGAUUAUUAUGGUUCACGUCCUGAACGUGAUGCUGCUAUUCUCAUUGGUGUUGUACUUGGUUUAUUUCUAGCAAUUCCAAUAGUCCUCACAUUAUUAUUUUUUUGGAAACGUGGAUUUUGUAUUAUUUUUAAUUCAAACAAUCCAGCAAGUUUUUCACGUGCUUACUACAAACGAGCAACGAACAAUGAUGAUUUUUAAUAACAAAAAUUUAAUAAAACUCGUAAAUAUAUUUAUAAGCUAAAUUAAAAUAAUUAUUAUAAUGAAUUUAUGUUAAUAAAUAUGUAAAAUUGAAAAAUAAAUAAAUUUUAAAAAUAAUUAA